CAAUUCCCGAGGUCCCUGUACCAGACGUGUUCGGUGGGUCAGGAAGGAACCGCCUUGGGCUCUCGCAAAUUCCAAGGUAUUUAUUUCAAAUGUCAGUUGAUGGCGGUUCACCGCGACAGAUUGACCUUGCCAUCGCUCUGAAAGCCCUACCAAAAUGCCAAGCCUUACCAAAAUUUCCCUCACAAGUCUGCCAAUCGAAAUUCUGAAUGGAAUUUGCAGCUAUUUAGAGCAACCGGAAUGGGCCGCACUCAGAUUAUCUUGUCGCUCCCUUUACGCAAAAUCUUCGGAUGCCUUCGCAGAUCGCUAUUUCAGAAGUAUUUGCUUCAUUGCCACCAGCGAAGGCAUUCGACAACUAGAAGAGUUGGCACAAAGUGAAGCCGUCCGAGUCCGAGUCCGACAGUUAUGGAUGAUUCCGACCGUCUUCGAAGGUCGCCAUGGGCAGAGCCUUACCGAGUUCAGGAGGUCUCAUUAUGGAAGAACAACGAGUGACGUUAGGAAAACACCGAGUCACGUUGGGAAAACACCGAGUCACGUUUGGAAGAGUGAUGAUGCGUUACUUGCUCAUUAUGCCAUCUAUCAAGCUAUAGAAGCCGAUCAUCUGGCUCUGCUUCAAUCAACCACCCUUGGCUCUAGGCUUCACACUUGCUUCGCUUCGUUCAGAAACCUCGAGUCCGUCGGAUUAAAGCAUUAUGCGACGAACUUUUUACUUGAUCGGCGGCAAGCGGAUUUUCGAUACCUUGGAUUGCAGGAGUUAAGAGAUCAAGUUGAAUACGUGUAUCACCAAUCAGGCAUGGAUCUUCUUCAAUGGCACCAGGUAGCCAAGGUCAACUCUCUGGCCUUAUCGAGGGUUUUACUAGGCCUCAAUGAAUCCAGUCAAGAUUUUAGAGCCUUGAACACAUGCGGUGCCAACUUCUGCGGCUCCACUUCUCCUAGCCUUCCUCUCACGGAUGAGCAAUACAACUCUGUUCUUCUCAAACUUGGAAACCUGGAACAUCUUCAUAUGUGCAUCUGUUAUGACGAGGACGACCUAGAUUGUCCUCCGAAUUCAAACACCUAUAUUGAUCUUUUUAUUUCCGUUGCACCCCAACUGACAACUCUCGUUUUCUCACAAUGGUAUCGAAGUCCACGCGAGAUGGGAGAACAGUUUUUAGAGCUCUCCCAGAACAUCAGGUUCACUCGACUAAGAGAGCUUCAUCUCCACUGGAUUGAAAUUGGAUUUGAGUCAUUCAAAUUAUUCCUUAACACCACCAAAGGAACUCUAGAUUCUCUCUCACUCGAGCUGGUGACUCUGAAAACCAACACUGCCCUGUCCACUAAUUCAGAGCCGAGUGGUUGGGAGCAGAUAUGGGAAUCCCUUGGAGCGGAGUUGUCACUGAAAAGUUUUUACAUGGGAAAUAUUGGCUAUCGGAGACGAAAGGUGAUGAUUCAAGGACCUGACGAGUUGGCUGAACCGACAUACUCUGUUACUUUCAAUGCAUAUGUAACCGACAUAUGUUUCAAUGAUUGGAUCCGGCAGCUCAAGCCAAUCAUUUUACGAAGUUUCGAUAUAUCAACACGAAGCUAUCCAGACUCGCUUCGUUUGAGGAAACCUCGAUCAAACGAUCCACCAGCUUCUGGCACUCAAAUACACGAGAGACGCCCCAAACCCCUAGGAUUGGGACCAAAGGAUAUUAGGUCCCUGAUGACCUGUUACCCAGGGAGACUACGACAUACGUGAGCCGCUUUCACAUAUCAAAAUAGUUAUUACAUCAAGUCCGGAGCUGGGGUUGGGGUUGGGAGCGAUCAUUAAUCACGAUUGAAAAACCUUGAACGACCGAUAUGACGACAGUAAAAGGGGCGGUUCAAUCAAACUGGUAGCUCAUAAUUAUACGAAUAAAACCACAAUGUUGCGUUGAGUAGCGAUGGGUUAUGCUCGGUAGCACUGCAUAUGUGGGAGAGCCCCUUUAAAGG